AUGUCUGAUAAAGUAAAGCUACCGGGACUUCUGGCUAAGAGGUAUCAGAUUCUGAGGGAAUUAGGGCAGGGCGCCUAUGGUAUCGUAUGUGCUGCAAAGGACUUGGAAGCUGAGCCCAAAUCUGUAAACGAGGAAGUCGCAAUCAAAAAGGUGCAACGUGUCUUUGAAAAGUCCAUUCUCGCCAAACGUGCUCUACGAGAAAUUAAACUCUUGAGACACUUUUCUAAUCAUGAAAAUAUCACAUCCAUCCUGGACAUGGACAUUGCCGAUAUCAACAAUUUUAAUGAAAUUUAUCUCAUUCAAGAACUGAUGGAAGCUGACCUGCACCAAAUCAUUCGAUCAGAACAACCGUUGACUGAUGCACACUUCCAAUACUUUAUUUAUCAAAUAUGUCGUGGAUUAAAGUACAUUCAUUCUGCAAAUGUCUUGCAUCGUGAUUUGAAACCUGGUAAUUUACUAGUAAACGCUGACUGUGAACUCAAAAUCUGUGAUUUCGGGUUGGCUAGAGGGUUAUCAGACUCUACUUCUGGAUUCAUGACUGAAUAUGUAGCUACUAGAUGGUACCGUGCUCCUGAAAUCAUGUUGUCGUUUAAGAGUUAUACUAAAGCUAUCGAUAUGUGGUCGGUUGGAUGUAUCUUUGCUGAACUCUUGGGUGGAAAGCCUCUCUUCAAAGGUCGCGACUAUGUAGAUCAAUUAAACCAAAUCCUCAACAUAUUGGGUACUCCUGAUGAUGCUACUCUCAAGCGUAUCGGUAGUGAACGAGCACAAUUGUACAUUCGAUCACUACCAAAGAUGAAGAAACAACCAUGGGAAAGACUCUAUUCUCGUGCCAGCCCCAAUGCUCUAGACUUGCUAGAAAAGUUACUUACUUUUGAUCCUGCUGCUCGAAUGACUGUAGAAGAAGCUCUGAGUCAUCCAUAUUUGGAAGCUUAUCAUGAUGAGAAUGAUGAGCCAUCGCACGAACGGCAGUUUGAUUUCUCAUUCGAGACUGUGGAAUCUAUUGAAGAAAUGAAACGCAUGAUUGCACAAGAGGUCAUGGAAUACAAGGCACAAAAGCUGGCACUUUCGCAAAACCAGUCUACUCUUCCACCACCAAAGCAACCACUGGCUGGUCCAACAAGAUCCCAAGUUGGUCAUGUUGAAAAGGAUGUUGACGAGUACGUUGGUCAAGCAAUGGAUUUGGACGAGGAAUUGCGACAACGAGAGGUCGCCCAGUAG